CUAACACGGUCGGUUUGUAGCAAACUGGAAGAAAGCCUAAUCCCUAAAUCAACGUUGAAACUAUUUACAGACUGAGGCUGCUCAGAGGAACAUGUCUUUCGCAAAAGGCUUGAAGUGUCCCACAGUCCCACUUUCCAAUGGUCUUCAGAUUCCAGUACUCGGAUUAGGUACAUCACAUGAUGGUGGAUACUCACAUGAUGCCAUCAUGUACGCUCUUUCAGAGUGCUGCAUUCGCCACAUUGACACAGCAAAACGUUACGGCUGUGAGGAGAAAUUAGGCAACGCUAUUCGAGACAGCGGGAUACCAAGCAGUGACCUGUGGCUCACCAAUAAACUAUGGCCAGGGGACUACGGAUACCAUGAGGCUAAAAAGGCCUGCAUUGACUCUUGCUCACGAAUGGGGGUGGAAUAUUUUGAUCUGUACCUGAUGCACUGGCCAGAGUCUUUGCGGCCUGGUUGUUCCAACAGGGAGAUGAGAGCGGAAACCUGGAGAGCUUUGGAGGAACUUUAUAAAGAAGGGGUUUGCCGUGCAAUUGGAGUGAGCAACUUUUUGGUUCACCACCUGGAGCAGCUAAAGGAAGACUGUAGUGUGGUGCCACAUGUUAACCAGGUGGAGUAUCAUCCAUUCCAGCAGCCCAAUAAACUGAUAGAUUACUGCCGUCAGAAGGGAAUUGUGUUUGAAGGCUUCAGUCCUCUGGCUAAGGGUCAAGCCCUCAGAGACCCGACUGUUCUUCAAAUAGCAGAAAAGUACAAACGUACUCCUGCUCAGAUCUGCAUCCGCUGGAGUAUUCAGAAUGGAGUUGUAACAAUACCAAAAUCCACCAAGAAGAAGAGGAUAAAGGAAAACUGUGACGUGUUUGAUUUCCAGCUGGAUGAUUUGGACAUGGUCGCUUUGGGAGGACUUCAUGAUGAAAGACACGUUACCUGGGAUCCAACAAAUGUGGACUGAAAAUACUUUAUUAAAUUAGAAUAAAGUAGAUUUCAGUGAAAC